AGAGUUACUUCUCUUGUGGAAGAAGUUUAUAAAAAUCCAUUUAGAACUUCCGUAGACUCAAAUAAUGGCAACCAAACGUAAAAACGAAAGUCAAUUACCAGCUGAAGAGAGCGAUAUUCUUCAAAUUCGCCCACUGUUAGUACUAAAAAAACAUAAGAUAAAGGGACGUUUAAUGCACGGAUGAAUAUUAUCGCUGUUGGAGAGCUGGCCAUUGUUGGGUUUGGGGAGAUAGUAUAUUCGUUUUUCUGAGAAACUUUCCUUCCAAGAAACAAAAAAUGCAAUCACACUUUCAAUAAUAAAUUAUUAUAAAUGACUAAUUUUAAUAAUUAUACUUCUACUGCCAGCCCAGUACUACUCAGGCUGUGUCAACGAGUUUCUUUUUCUGAAAAUUUUGCAUUGAAACUUAAAGAGAAAAGUGCCUUUAAUAGUGGCUACUUACUACUAUACUUGACUGGGCCUGGGCUGAUUACUUGAUUAGAAUUAGACUUAGAAUAGGCUUUGUCAUUUCUCAGACAGGAAAACGUCAUAGUGUACUAUUUUUAGAAGGUCGUCGGGCAAAUAUUGCUUAAAACAUGACAGCUUAUAGUGUGUUUCAGCAUAUCGUUCGGAUGAUUCUUGUAUCUAGAGUUACUGUUACAUAUGCCGUUUGCGCAAUGUAGUCCCAUUUCAGAAAAUAGAAUUUAAAAAAAAAAUAUUUCGUAAAAUAGACUUGUAAACAAGUUUCAGGGACACUUCGCUAACAUAGUAAUACUGAACAGUGUUGACAUUUUGUCCGCGCUGAGUACCCGGAUGAUGAGUAAUGAUGACAUCAAUUCUAUUAAUAGAUUUCCGCCAUUAAAUGACAAGCCCUAUUGGAGUGAAUAGCUUGUCUUAUUAAUUAUUUAAAAUGAAUACUCUUAGACCUAAUUAUGUUGGGCUUAUUUCUUUGCUUGUGGAAGCCUAUCAUUUUGUAAUUGUAAAAAGUCAUCAAUAGGUAAUGGACUAUUGACAUUCUUUAAUAAAACUGAUACUUUCAUUUAUUAAUGAUUUAAAAAAGAAUAAAAGCAACCAAGUCUACCCAUUAUUAUGUUUUCUAAUCAUUUUAAUCAAGUCACACGUUCUUUACAGAUGGGUCUAUGUUAAAAGACUCAACAACAGCAACCUUGUUCUAUGUCAUUUUCUUAAUAAAUUAAUAUAAAAUAUAAAUGUGUAAUUUAUUUAAAUUUAUGAGUAAUAACAUAUCUAUUAUCAAACUACUCAUGCCGUACUUAUUCUGUUAUUAAGACAGUUUUAUUAUUUAUGGUAAUGUUACGGUUAGUCCUCUCCAUUUUGUUUCAUUUGUUGGAAACUUCUCAAGUCAAUCACUGAGUACAUAUCUCUGUAAGACUAAGUCAUUUCCUUUCCUUAAUUUAGACCUUUCAUUAAGGCAGGUCUCUUCACCAUAUUCCAGACCUUCAUCUUUUUGGGAUCUUCAACAUCAAGCCAUAACUGUCCAAACUUGUGGGUAAUAUGAAAGGUGCCAGUGAUUAUUCUGUCCCUCCUCUCCUUUUAUCUGUUGUUAACAGUUUUUCUGGGUUUAGAGACUAAGCCCCAGAGAAGACACUGAGCAGGAUCUGGCUUUCAGAGAUAAAGACCAUUGAUUGAGAACUUUUCAUGGUAGUUGGCGCUAUCUCCAGUCCACCCUCAGAAUAACAAGUGUUGAUUCCAUACCUGCCAUUUAUCAUGGUUUGGGAGAUAAGUUUAUUAAAUUAAUAAUGAAAAUAAAUAUUUUGUUAAAAAAAAUCCUCAAAAUACUCACUGCCUUGUUUCCCGCUAGUAUGAAGUAAACAACUUCAUCAACCAAAAAUGUAAUUCAUGUCAAAUUCAGAGAAAAGUAUUUACUUUUACUGUCUCUGAACUUUACUCUCUCUCUCCCCCCUCUCUCUUUCUCCUCCUCCCUUCCCAAAUUUAUUGUUAUUACUUAGUGUAUGUUAGUUAAUCCAGAAGUUACACAUCCUUUGUAUGAAAUAUUUUUCAUUGCUUUUUUUUUACAGUGGUGCUGGUCAAGAAGUUGGUAGAUCAUGUCAUCUGCUGGAGUUCAAAGGGAAAAAGAUUCUGGUCAGAAUUUUAAACUGAAUAUACAGAGCAAUCAUUAUUUUGUAAUCUUUAAAAAGCAUUUUUCAACACUAAUACCUUUUACAACUGUUGUAUCUUUUGAAAUGUGCAUAUUGUUUUAAGAUAUUGUUAGUUUGCGUGUAUGGGUUUAUCUGUGGUGUAGAUAGGACAAGUGUCAUCACCCCCACCCUCUUUGCAGUAGGCUGAAAAUGCCACACCUCCAUGUAAAGGAAUGUGCCUUGGGAGGACCACCCCUCCCCCACACCUGUCCUAUGCAACUGGAUUUAAUAUAAGAUUAUCAAGCAAUAUUUAAAGAUGCACUUUUCUGUUUAUUCUUCAGCUGGAUUGUGGAAUCCAUCCUGGUAUGAGUGGUAUGGCUUCAUUGCCAUAUCUAGACAUGAUAGAACCUGAAGAGAUUGACCUCUUGCUGAUCAGCCAGUGAGUUUUUUGUCAAAUUAGCAUAUGCCAUAUUAUUUUAAAAAAAAUAUUUAAAAAAAAAAAAAAAAAAUUAUUUCGUUAUCUUAUCAAUUUGUCAAAUAUCCCACAUUGAACUAAUUAAACUACUUAUAAACAUUGUACAUUAAAUAUUUAUUAAAAAUACUAAACAUGUUUUUUUUCUCACUUGCUUAAUUCCAGCUUUCACCUUGAUCACUGUGGUGGCCUGCCAUACUUCCUACAAAAAACUGCAUUCAAAGGCAGAUGCUUCAUGACCCAUGCAACUAAAGCUAUUUAUAGAUGGCUUCUGUCAGAUUAUGUUAAAGUCAGGUAACUCUAAUAUAAGAUUCUGCACUAUAAGGUCACAUCCUAACAUUUCUAGAUAUACUAGAUUAAGUUUGUCAUUUCCUUUCAUAGAAAUUUCAGCAUAGGAACAAAAUAAAGUAAUUUUUUUUAAAGCUUAGCCCAUUUCUAUACUCUCCUCCUGUCCCAAACAAAAAGAAGUUGUCGGCUAGCUUGACUUUAAAGCAGCAGUUGCAGCAAGGGGUACCAGUUCCUAGGAGGCAAUGGAAUAUUUGCCUUAUGAUAAUUGAACAUUUUUGGAUUUUCAUACAUUAACUAAUUUUCUGUUUCCCUAAUUUUUUUCCCCAGCAAUAUUGCAUCCGACGAUCAACUUUACACAGACAGUGACAUAGAGAAAAGUAUGGAAAAGAUUGAAACCAUCAACUUUCAUCAGGUAAAAAAAAAGCAUUGAAUUUUUAUGGAUUUACAAAAUUUUUUUUCAGAUUUUUUCCCCCACUCAGAUAUGUUUGUGUAUUUCUUGAGUUUAUUUGAUUACUUUCUCUAAUCAGGAAACGGAUGUGAAUGGUGUCAGGUUCUGGUGCUACUCAGCUGGCCAUGUGUUGGGGGCAGCUAUGUUUAUGAUUGAGAUUGCUGGUGUUAAGGUAGGUUAACACCUUAUCAUGUCCUUUGCAAUUAUAACAGUAGUGUAGACCAUUUUUGUUCCAAUAUGAUAUGAACUCAUUACAGUUGAAAAAUUGUAUACCUUAUAAAGAUACUUUGGUUCACUAUCUGAAUGCUAAAUUUUCAUGACAAUUAAUUUUUACAAUUUCACAGAUUUUGUACACUGGAGACUAUUCCCGACAAGAAGAUCGCCAUCUAAUGAGUGCUGAGAUGCCGAAUGUCAAGCCAGAUAUCGUCAUCAUUGUAGGUUAUUUAAGGCCACUUCUGCUGAUACAUAGCACUCAUUGAUAGGCUAACUCCCCUUCAUAUUUCAGUGUUCAAAAUGUGUCUGUGUCCCUUACAUGUAAAAACUCAUCUCAUUAAAUAUUAUUUAUUAUUAUUAUUAUUAUACAUGGUUUUAUAUAGCAUGGUACCCCAGCCUAGUGCUGGGCUCACCACGUUGUACAUACAAUUUAACAAACAUAAUAAAAAUCUGAAAUAAUUAAUUGACAUACAUUAAUUCAAUAAAACAAAACAAAUGUAUAUAUAAAACUAUUUCCAUCUCAAGCCAUGGACGACACUCAGUACCAUUGUUUUACGGUCAGAUGUGGGAAUCAGUCAGGAUAGUAGAGAUUAAAUAGAUGUGUUUUGAGUGCAGUUUUGAAGGUUGUGAUAGUCUGUAUAUUGCAUAUGUGUAAUGGAAGAGAAUUCCGUUGUUUGGGUUCACAGAAAGAGAACCAUUGUUCACCAUAUGUUUUUGUGUGAGUCUUGGGGACAGAAAGAAUACGGGCAUCUGCGGAGGAGCGAAGCUGUCGAAGGGGUGAAUAGACAGAGAAGUUCAGUUAGAUAGGAAGGGGAGGAAUUCGAGAAAAAGUUGUGGCAGAGAACAGAGAGUUUGUAGUCGAUACGUGCUUGUACAGGUAGCCAAUAUGUCAAAGUCUUGUUUAUGUGUGCGUCACCAAAGUCUUGUUUAUGUAUGCGUCACCAAAGUCUUGUUUAUGUAUGCGUCACCAAAGUCUUGUUUAUGUGUGCGUCACCAAAGUCUUGUUUAUGUAUGCGUCACCAAAGUCUUGUUUAUGUAUGCAUCACCAAAGUCUUGUUUAUGUAUGCGUCACCAAAGUCUUGUUUAUGUAUGCAUCACCAAAGUCUUGUUUAUGUAUGCGUCACCAAAGUCUUGUUUAUGUAUGCGUCACCAAAGUCUUGUUUAUGUAUGCAUCACCAAAGUCUUGUUUAUGUAUGUGUCACCAAAGUCUUGUUUAUGUAUGCAUCACCAAAGUCUUGUUUAUGUGUGCGUCACCAAAGUCUUGUUUAUGUAUGCGUCACCAAAGUCUUGUUUAUGUAUGCAUCACCAAAGUCUUGUUUAUGUAUGUGUCACCAAAGUCUUGUUUAUGUAUGUGUCACCAAAGUCUUGUUUAUGUAUGCGUCACCAAAGUCUUGUUUAUGUGUGCGUCACCAAAGUCUUGUUUAUGUAUGCGUCACCAAAGUCUUGUUUAUUUAUGUGUCACCAAAGUCUUGUUUAUGUAUGCGUCACAAAAGUCUUGCAGACACGAAAAAAAGCCAUGUUCAUUUCUUUUUGCAAAUCCAGAAGUUUGAAUUGUUCUUUAAAUGGUUGGCUUUCCCUCUUUUUUUGUUGUUGUGAGUUUGACUUUCACUGAGCUGUUAAGAUUAGCAAUGGGUUGGUCUAACGGUGUUUUAUCUAAUAUUGUAGAAUUAUUUGACACAUUUUAAAAGUUUGUUGUCUUUUUCUACACCGUUAAAGGGCUCUUUUAAAGCACAUAGGAUUCAUUGGUUCUGUUUGGUUUGGGAGCAUGUCUAUGUAGUUGGUGGCAGUUCUCCUAAAAAGCUAUACAUUUUCAUUGCAAUUCUAAACUUGACCAUUUGCUUGUCAGGAAUCUACUUAUGGAACUCACAUCCAUGAGAACAGAGAGGAGCGAGAACAUCGUUUUACCAGUCUGGUCCAUGACACUGUCAACAGAGGUGGCCGCUGUCUCAUCCCAGCUUUUGCCUUAGGCAGAGCCCAAGAACUCUUACUUAUUUUAGGUACUACAUAUUAGAAUUAGGAUGUUCUCUUACUUAUUUUAGGUUCUACAUACUAGAAUUAAAUUGUUCUCUUACUUAUUCUAGUUACUACAUAUCAGAAUUAGGGUAUUCUCUUACUUACUCUAGGUACUUGACACCAGAAUUAUGGUAUUUUCUUACUUAUUUUAGGUACUACAUAUCAGAAUUAGGGUGUUCUAUUACUUAUUCUAGGUACUACAUAUUAGAAUUAGGGUAUUCUCUUACUUAUUCUAGGUACUUGACACCAGAAUUAUGGUAUUUUCUUACUUAUUCUAUGUACUACAUAUCAGAAUUAGGGUAUUCUCUUACUUAUUUUAGGUACUUGACACCAGAAUUAGGGUAUUCUUUAAAUGUUUAUUAAAAUUAUCCAUAAAUGAUGAACAGAUAUAAAAAUAAUCAUGUUUUAGAAAUGUUUUAAAAAAUCAGCUAUUUCGGUUAUUUCAGAUUAUGGUAAAUAGUUUGACAUUUCAUAGUAAGGUUAAUGGCUUUUAACAAUAGAAAUCAUUGUCAUCUCCAUGUGAGUUUUAACCGUAAGCUUUCUGUUUGUAGAUGAAUAUUGGAGCAACCACCCUGAGCUCCACGACAUUCCCAUCUACUACGCCUCACAGUUGGCCAAGAAGUGCAUGAGUGUCUACCAGACUUACAUUAAUGCCAUGAAUGAAAAGAUCCGUCGACAGAUCACCAUCAGCAACCCCUUUGUCUUCAAACACAUUAUCAACCUCAAGGUAUCUACUGUCCUCUAUGCUGUUAUAUCUGCUUUAGAUGUAUUUUUCUGAUCAGUUUUGUGCUUUUACUACUUACUUUGUUGUCUUUCAUAAUGAAUUAUGAUGUUAAUUGUUUUUCCAGUGAUGUUUGUUUUAUCUAAAGUGGUAUUUUAAAGAACUUGACCAUUCUCAACUAUGACCCCUAGAAUAUGGAGCAAUUUGAAGACAUAGGACCAUCGGUUGUGCUGGCCAGUCCUGGUAUGUUGCAGAGUGGUCUCUCCAGAGAACUGUUUGAGAGCUGGUGCACUGACAAGAGGAAUGGCUGCAUCAUUGCUGGUUACUGCGUGGAAGGAACGUUAGCAAAGGUUGGUAAUGGGAAAAGUGAUUAUGAUUCUUUAGCAAAUUUGACAUAAAUAAUAACAGGAAAAUACGUCAAGGAACUUUGUUUGUUUGUAUGUGUAAGCAGUCGGCCCCUAAUGUAUUGCAUUAUAUUGUUAUUUCAGCUAAUGCACUAAUACAGUCUUGAUUCAUUGAGGAAUGGAGUUUGAUUUAUCAGUUUUAUGAAUGCCAUCAAAGAAUUCUGUUCAAUGUUUCAGCAUAUUUUGUCUGAGCCCAAUGAGAUCGUCACACAAGGAGGUCAGAAACUGCCCCUGAAAUGUUCUGUGGAUUACAUUUCUUUUUCUGCUCAUGCUGAUUAUAAACAGACCUCAGAGUUUUUACGUGAGCUCAAGCCAGCACAUGUGGUAAGCAGUACUUAGCAAUUUUCAUUUGUGGCAGAUGGACACACCUGAUAAUAGGAUGAAAGCAGAUUACAGAAUUGGUUGGGAAAGCCGUCAUUAAAUUUGUAAAUAUGAAAUUCUUUAAAUUUUAAAACCUAUAUAUAACUUCCCCUUUGUUCAUGGCUGGCUGGCAAAAUUUUUGGACGGCUAAUUGACCCAUUUUCCAACAACCUUUUGAGCUGAAACUUGGCUCAUAGACCUGUUGCAGAGGACAACACAUUUUUUCACAUUUUCAGCCCCCCCCCCCCACCCUUUUUCUGACACACCCACCCCCCAACCUGCAAUAAUAAGUUUUUCCUGUUUUUCAAGAGGGACAUAAGGAAAUAUAAUUUAGCAAAAUAAAAUUCCUAAUAGCUGCGCUAAAUGAAUAUAAAAAUAUAAAAAAAUAAAUCGCUAGUGCGUUAAGUGUGUAAUAUUUUCUUUUGUUUUCUGAAAUAGUUGGUGAAAUAAAUCUGCUGUGUAAAAGUUGGUGGGUCAUUAGGAUAUUGAUGUAGUUCAAGGGUGGGAAAAAUAUGUGGAGUUUGGGUGGGCGGGGUGACUUUGAUACUAUGUUAAUGAUUGUUUGACUUUGAUGCUAUGUUAAUGAUUGGUUGACUUUGAUACUAUGUUAAUGAUUGUUUGACUUUGAUGAUAUGUUAAUGAUUGGUUGACUUUGAUGCUAUGCUAAUGAUUGUUUGACUUUGAUGCUAUGUUAAUGAUUGUUUGACUUUGAUGCUAUGUUAAUGAUUGGUUGACUUUGAUACUAUGUUAAUGAUUGGUUGACUUUGAUGCUAUGCUAAUGAUUGUUUGACUUUGAUGCUAUGUUAAUGAUUGUUUGAUUUUGAUGCUAUGUUAAUGAUUGUUUGACUUUGAUGCUAUGUUAAUGAUUGUUUGACUUUGAUGCUAUGUUAAUGAUUGUUUGACUUUGAUGCUAUGUUAAUGAUUGUUUGACUUUGAUACUAUGUUAAUGAUUGGUUGACUUUGAUGCUAUGCUAAUGAUUGUUUGACUUUGAUGCUAUGUUAAUGAUUGUUUGAUUUUGAUGCUAUGUUAAUGAUUGUUUGACUUUGAUGCUAUGUUAAUGAUUGUUUGACUUUGAUGCUAUGUUAAUGAUUGUUUGACUUUGAUGCUAUGUUAAUGAUUGUUUGACUUUGAUGCUAUGUUAAUGAUUGUUUGACUUUGAUGCUAUGUUAAUGAUUGUUUGACUUUGAUGCUAUGUUAAUGAUUGUUUGACUUUGAUGCUACGUGUUUAUUGCAUAAAUGUCUCAUGUUAACUGCAUUUAUAGUUUGAUCAAGUCAUGAAUUUCAAUAACCUUUAAAAAGAAAACUUUGUUGUGUUUCACGCAAACAUUAAUAAGGAACAGUUUGUAUUGCUUGUUGGUGUGAACAUUUCAUGACAAUAAUUUAAUGAACAGGUUCUGGUUCACGGAGAAGUCAACGAAAUGGCCAGACUGAAGUCUGCUUUGUUACGAGAGUAUGAAGAUGAUACAGAUUACAAGAUGGAGGUCCAUAAUCCUCGUAACACUGUACCGAUAGAAUUGCAUUUCAGAGGAGAAAAAAUAGCCAAAGUAAAUGCCUGUUUUUGUUGUUGCUUGUCCUGUUGUCAUCGCUUUUAGUUUUAGUAAAUAUAUCCUCUAUGUAAAGUUUCAAGUUAUUUUUUUGUCUUAAAGUUGACUAUUUUGCUGACUGAAAUAAAAUGGCCAGUCACCUGAGCCUAUGAUUAAAUGUGAAUAUUUUCCCCAGGUUGUUGGUGAUUUAGCCUCAGAUCCUCCCAAACAGGGACACAGGGUGUCUGGUAUUCUAGUCAAGAGGAAUUUCAAUUAUCAUAUUGUUUCACCCAAAGAUUUACAAAGUAAUUCAUAAUGAUAUUUAAAUUGUACAUCCUAACUGAGAAUUCAGGAAUGAUUAAAUUCAUUUUACCUUUGUCUAUAUUUUUUUGUUAAUGUAGGUAUCAUUGAUUGUUUCCUUAUUCUUGAAACCACAAAUUUAAAGUUAGACUUUUGUGUAAUUGCUUCAGGUUUUCACCCUAAUGUAAGAUAUUAUUUGAUUAGUUUUUAUAUUUUAAACAUAUCUGAAUUGAAAUAAAUAAAGCUUUGUUACAUUUAUUAGUAAUCUUAAGAGAUUUUAAAUAUCUGAUUGAUUUACUAGACAGUGUACUGAUGGGAAAACACUUUUGUACUUUUAAACUUAAACAACAAUGGUUCAAUCACAGGUUAUACAGAUCUAGCGAUGAGUACAGUGGCUCAGAAGAUGAGUGUCACAUUUUCUGGCAAUGCCAGCUUAUUGACCUACUAUUUAAACCAACUGGCAGGAGACAUUGAGUUUGUUGCCAGUACACCUGUAACUAUUCUCAGAGUUUUCAAUUCUGUACAGGUGAGAAAGAAACUUUUUAGUACUAUUUAUUGUAUUAUCCUUACUUUAACAGCCUAUAAUGCCUUUGUUACUGAUAUUUCCAAGUAACUUAAAGUUUAUUGUAAGAACCUAAAAUGCCUUUGUUACUGAUGUUAUUUUGAAGUAAGUUAAAGUUUAUUGUAAUGACGUUUGAGUUUGUAAUACGUCAAAUCUGAUGCACUGUGCAGGUGAUGUUGGAUGCAGGUGUGGCUUACAUAGAGUGGAUAGCAAACCCUGUGUCAGACAUGUAUGCUGAUGCAGUCAUUGCUGUCUUGCUGAGGGCAGAGCAGGAUCCCAUUCCCAUCAGUAGUAUGUGGUUUUAGUUUUCAUUUACAAUUACAUUUGUCUGUGUUCUUGGGUGUCUGUAGAGUACAUUGGUGUCUAGAAUGUUCUUGGUGGUCUAGAGAGUUUUUCGGUGUCUAGAGAGUUCUUGGGUGUCUAGAGUGUUCUUGGGUGUCUAUAGAGUUAUUGGGUGUCUAGAGAGUUCUUGGGUGUCUAGAGAGUUCUUGGGUGUCUAGAGUGUUCUUGGGUAUCUAUAGAGUUCUUGGGUGUCUAGAGAGUUCUUGGGUGUCUAGAGAGUUCUUGGGUGUCUAGAGAGUUCUUUGGUGUCUUAAGAGUACUUUGGUGUCUCGAGAGUUCUUUAGUAUCUAGAGAGUUCUUGGGUGUCUAGUGAGUACUUUGGUGUCUAGAGAGUUCUUUGGUGUCUAAAGAGUACUUUGGUGUCUAGAGAGUUCUUGGGUGUCUAGAGAGUUUUUGGGUGUCUAGAGAGUACUUUGAUGUCUAGAGAGUUCUUGGGUGUCUAGAGAGUUCUUGGGUGUCUAUAGAGUACUUUGGUGUCUAGAGAGUUCUUGUUGGUCUAGAGAGCUCUUGGGUGUCUAAAGAGUUCUUGGGUGUCUAGAGAGUACUUUGGUGUAGAGAGUUCUUGGGUGUCUAAAGAGUUCUUGGGCUUCUAGAGAGUUCUUGGGCUUCUAGAGAGUUCUUGGGUGUCUAGAGAGUACUUGGGUGUCUAGAGAGUGCUUGGGUGUUUAAGAGAGUUUUUGGGUGUCUAGAGAGUUCUUGGGUGUCUAGAGAGUUCUUGGGUGUCUAGAGAGUUCUUGGGUGUCUAUAGAGUACUUUGGUGUCUAGAGAGCACUUUGGUGUCUAGAGAGUUCUUGGGUGUCUAGAGAGUGCUUGGAUGUUUAAGAGAGUUCUUGGGUGUCUAGAGAGUUCUUGGGUGUCUAGAGAGUUCUUGGGUGUCUAGAGAGUUCUUGUGUGUCUAUAGAGUUCUUGGUUGUCAAGAGAGUUCUUGGGUGUCUAUAGAGUACUUUGAUGUCUAGAGAGUACUUGGGUGUCUAGAGAGUUCUUGGGUGUCUAGAGAGUUCUUGUGUGUCUAGAGAGUUCUUCGGUGUCUAGAGAGUUCUUCGGUGUCUAUAGAGUUCUUCGGUGUCUAGAGAGUUCUUGGGUGUCUAGAGAGUUCUUCGGUGUCUAGAGAGUUCUUGGGUGUCUAGAGAGUACUUUGGUGUCUAGAGAGUUCUUGGGUGUCUAGAGAGUUCUUGGGCAUCUAGAGAGUUCUUGGGUGUUUAGAGAGUUCUUGGGUGUCUAGAGAGUUCUUGGGUGUAUAGAGAGUUCUUGGGUGUCUAUGGAGUUCUUGGGUGUCUAGAGAGUUUUUGGGUGUCUAGAGAUUUCUUGGGUGUUUAUAGAGUUCUUGGGUGUCUAGAGAGUACUUUGGUGUCUAGAGAGUACUUUGGUGUCUUGAGAGUUCUUGGGUAUCUAGAGAGUACUUGGGUGUCUAGAGAGUACUUUGGUGUCUAGAGAGUACUUUGGUGUUUAGAGAGUACUUUGGUGUCUAGAGAGUACUUUGGUGUCUGAGAGUUCUUGGGUGUCUAGAGAGUACUUUGGUGUCUGAGAGUUCUUGGGUGUCUAGAGAGUUCUUUGGUGUCUAUAGAGUUCUUUGGUGCCUUUAGAGUUCUUCGGUGUCCAGAAAGUUCUUGGGUGUCUAGAGAGUUCUUGGGUGUCUAUAGAGUUCUUGGGUGUCUAUAGAGUACUUUGGUGUCCUAGAGAGUACUUUGGUGUCUAGAGAGUACUUGGGUGUCUAGAGAGUUCUUUGGUGUCUAGAGAGUUCUUGGGUGUCUAGAGAGUACUUUGGUGUCUAGAGAGUUCUUGGGUGUCUAGAGAGGUCUUGGGUGUCUAGAGAGGGUGAAGACUGUUAUGAAAUCUUAGUAUUUUCAUUAUUGUUGGCUGACAAAAAAGGAACUUUUAAUGUUAUUUUUGUAAUUGCUGCUAUGUACAAAAUUCCUGUGACUCCCUCAUGUCUGUGCAUGUGUUUCUGUGCAUUUGUGUCUGUGUGUGUGUGUGUCUGUGCUUUUUGGAUUACAAGAAUAUUAAAAUUUGAAUUUACAGACAUGGUCCAUUCUAAUAACUGGUUUACUACCAUGAGCCGGUGUUAGCGGUUGGGCGUUUCUUUCAUUAGCUAAUCUGUUGAUACAUUUAUAUGAAACAGAAAAGAAUAUUUUUUCAGCAAAGUCAUUUUAAAAAUGUGUCACUGCCCCUGUCCAUAAUGCUCUUCUUGUAAAAUUAACACCUGGGAUGGCUGGUUAUUAUUUUACAUAGCAAUCAAUUUUUUAAAAUUUGGAAUAAAUAUUUCUAAGUUCAGAUCUAUCAACAUGUCAAAUGAUAUUUUCAGAUCUUGCCACUCCCAUGAAAGUUGACAAAGCUCAUUUCCAGGAAUGCCUUCUGGAAACACUGGGGGAAAUGUUUGGUCCUGAAUGCACGGGCAAAGUUUUUGAAAGAGAUCGUCUAACAGUCACCGUAGAUGACAAAUCAGCAAUCAUAAAUCUGGACUCACUGGUAUAUUUCAAUUAUUUAGUUCAUUAUUGUGGAUGUCAUUAUUUUUGUAGGCAGCUUUAAAAAAAAGUCUCAAAUACUUACUUUUUACAAAACUAGUUGUCUCCCUUAGACCUGUCACUCUAUUGAUUUUAGAAUUGAAGGCUUUCUUAUUUCAUUUGAGUAAAGGUUCUUUCUUCUACAAAAUGUCUUUGAUUACUUUGAAAAUGUCUAUCUAAAAUUUAUUUAUGAUUAAUAUACUUUUAAAAAGAAAGUUUUUGGUUACGAAUCAGCUUUAACUUAAAGCCAUUAAAUAAGUUUACUGAGCAGGGGAAGGAUACUAUUUCUGCACUGAAUUGUUUCAGGAUGUCAAAUGUUCUGAUGAGACUCUGCAGCAAGUACUUCACACAGCAGUGACACGACUUCAUCAAGCCAUCAACCCUGUUAAAUGUUAAAUGCCAUUUGAUCUGAAGAAUCCUUAUGUAUGAGAUAUAAAUGCAUCUCAGAUAUGACUACAGAAAUUCUUCAUGUAGACUAAAGUUGUGAAGAAAUUUGUUAUUACUAUGCUGUUUAUAGUAUAAGCUAUAAAUAGUUACGAGAAAUUGAUAUGUUUUUUAGACUGUAGAUUAAAUGACUAAAAUUGA